UCUUCCGCUACACAGGAACCGCCAAAAUAUGCCAUGAAAAAGAUUUACCGUGUCUUCAGACGUUCUUGCACCAUCUUUCUCGAGACUUCAACCUGUCGGCUGAGUUUUGGGAGCACUGCCUACCAGCGUGCGACGAAACAAAGUAUUCCACAGAGCUCUCGAGCUCACUUUUCCCGAGCCAGGAACUGAUCAAGAACGAGGCUUUCAGUGAUAUUUUCAAGGCAAUCGUCACCAGAAUGUGUGUAUCUCUGAUCGGCGUAACCCAGCAGCAAUCGAAGGAGUGUUCUCUGAUCCUGGCGGGGAAGGGGGCUGAAGAGCUCCUGGCCAACGACUCGCUGACGGAGCCGCUCUACCCCCUGGCCGUCAACUACGCUAGGCUCAACAUGGCCAAGCUGCACGUUUUCUUCAAGACGAACUCGGUCACGCGGUACAAACGAGACUUGAUGUACACCAUCGACCAGAUCAUAGCCAACAUCGGCGGACUGCUCGGACUCUUCAUGGGCUUCUCGCUGGUGUCCUUCUUCGAGCUGAUCUACUAUUUCGUGCUGAACCUGAGCCCGGGGUCGCGCGGCUCCGGAGGCCGAGUGGCUCCCACCGCGAGCCCGCGCCCGGCGCCCGCCCAGGCGCCCUCGCCAGACACCAGAGAGGGCGCUGGCGCCCCCGUGGGCUCUGGUGCGCCCCCUGGCUGAAAAGGUGAAUCGGCUGAAGGGGAGACGGUGCCGGGUCCCCUAGAGGGUGGGCACCCAUAAUUGGUGAUGUAAAUAGGCUGGUGAGUGAUGAGCCUGCGAGGAAGCGUCUAUUGACCGUUCAUGUGAAACGAGAUGAUGCCAGUGUUAUCGUGAAUGCCGGUCGAAAUAGUCUGCAGCGGUGAAACAGAGUGAUGUAUAAGUAUGUCCAUGUCGUGCUUGUAUCCGAUUCUUGUAUUCCUUGUAUCCGAUUGUAUUGUGCUUGUAUCCGCAUGAAACUGAAAUCGUAAGCGUUCUUUGUGCUUUCAAUGUCCGGCGUGUCUGAUUUUACUUCGGCUAUUAUUGUUCACAUUUUCGUCAAAUGUGGGUGCCCGGUGCAAUUUACAUUAUGGUACAUUA